AAGCUGAGCGCUGCAGAACCGACUGCGGACAGGACAGAGCAUCAAGCAUGCAGCAGCCACGGCUCGUUGGCUUUCUGGCCCUGAUUCUCGGCUGCUUGCUCCAGACACAGGCUGAAGUGCCGGUUCAGCCUGACUUCCAGCAAGAUCAGUUCCUAGGGAGAUGGUACAGCAUCGGCUUGGCCUCCAAUUCCAGAUGGUUCAAGGAGAAGAAGUCAGUGAUGAAGAUGUGCACCACGGUGGUCACACCCACAGAAGAUGGAAACCUGAAUGUCACUUCCACCUACCCCAAGUUUGACCAGUGUGAGACAAGAAAGAGCCUUUUUGUUCUGACUGACCAGCCAGGCCGAUUCAGCUUCACCAGCCCACGGUCUGGAAGCCGACAUGACGUCCGAGUGGUGGAGACCAAUUACGAUGAGUAUGCGUUGCUGAGCGCCAAGAAGGCCAAGGAAGCAGAAACCUUCACAAUGGUGACUCUGUAUGGGAGACGUAAGGAGCUGAGUCCGGAGUUGCUGGAGAAAUUCACUCGGUUUGCCUUGGAGCAGGGACUUACCCCGGAGAACAUCCUCAUCUUGCCCAGGACUAAUUUGUGCAUGGAGGAAUCGGUGUAGAUCGACAAGCCAAGUUUCGUCUCAAGGGAGGAAGCUCUUUCUUGAUUCUACAGUCCUGGACUUCUUCCAUGAUUUAAAGCAGCAGCUAAUGCUGCUGGCCCUGACACCUCCCCCUACCCAUCCUAAGCUCCUUGCGUGUAAUCUCCUCCCUUGAUUAAAAAGUGUACCACAA